AUGGAUCAUUUAUAUGUACCUGAUAUCUUGGAGUGCUUCAUAAGUGAGGGGAAAAGGACGAAAAUUUGUCCUGAUGACUUGUACAAAUCUAUUUUAGAAUGGCUUUUAAUAAAAGAGUAUGAAACAUCAAAAGAUAUCCUGAUUAAAAUUAAUAAACUUUGCGAGUAUCUAUUGAAAGUUAUAUCUUCUGAAGACGUGAUUUCUAGCCACAUGUCUCAUGUUUACCCAGACAUUUUAUCCAUUAUCAUUUCAAAAAGCUUUAAAGUCAUAGAAUUUCCGAAUGAAUGCAAUGUACCUAUUGAAGACCCUUUUCUGGGAUUAAAAGAUGACAUAUAUUUAUUUAGGGGCUUAUUUUGGAGAAAUUUGACUGACUUAGCGACAAAUAUAGCUAGGAAAUGCUCUCCAAAGGAAGGGUAUAUAAUAUUUGUAGAAGUAAUUCUAGGUACUGUAAGUUUACCAGCAUCAAUUGAGGCAGAUAAGCAUCCUAAAGAGUUCAGAGACAAUGAAAGUCUUUUUCUAACAAGUGAUCGAGAUAGAUUGCAAAAAUUUUAUCGAUUUCUAGGUUUAUCAUGCGCAUUACACUGUAUUGCAAGAAUGAAAAGAAAUAGAGCACAGUUUGUAACUACAGUUUGUUCUUUAGCUUUGAGAAGAUUAAUUUGUGAUACAGAAUGCACAAUAUCAAAAUGUGUAUGUUUAAAUAAUGAUGAUUUGAAUAGUUUUAAGAGUUGUGUGACUAUGAGAAUGACAUGCAUCCAUUACAUAGUUAGUCACGUAAUAAAAAUUCUCAAUAGUUGUUUGGAAAACUCUGAAUAUGAUGCCGAAUAUAAAGGACAACAUGAUACUGGAUCUUGCAUCAAUGUUAGCAGUCAGAGUGUAACGCAAAGUACAAUUUAUGCAUUCCUUUGUCGUAUUUUGGAAGUUGUAAUUUUACUUGAUAUUAAGGAUAUCAGUAUUGGAGUUAGUGAUUACAAACAAAUGGCAGAAGAUGAAUUAAUUGAGUCAUAUUUGAGUAAAUCUAUGCAUCAUUUAAAUAUUUUGUCUGACCCUUUAAGUAAAAACUCCUUAAAGUCUGUUUUUGACUUGCAAGACUGCGAGUAUCCAAAUGCCAAUUUUGCUAAGAACAAAUUUAGAUGUAAGUGCCAAAUAAAACAUGAUUGGAUGGAUGAUAUUUACCAAUUGUGCCUAAAUAUAAGUCAAAUAGCACCAGUUACAAUAUUGGUAACAUUAAGGAAUAUGCCUAUUUGUAUAUUUGACACUAAAACACAGCCAGGAGAUUUGGAUGUGACCCCAAUGACACUAGCUUGUUUGGCAUAUUCCAUAUUUGUGAUUUUAACUAAAUCAAAGCCUAAGCUUCUCCAAAAUAUAUGCCCUGUUAUUCUUAUUUCUCUACCUUUGAGAUUGAAUAUCAUUUAUAGAAGUAUAUCAAUUUUCUUAACAUAUAGUGACCCAGGUAAUAAAAUAAAUGACAUUCAAAUAAAAAGUAGAAAACCUGAAGAUUUUCAUUUAAAUAUAAAUGAUCCUAUACUAUCAUAUUUUUCUAUGUAUAUACAAAGAGAAAAACUUAUUCAGUGUACAAAUCUAGUACUUUCAGAAAUAUAUGAAAGACUUCAAGAAAGAGCAUAUUAUUGGAUUAUUGAUAGUGCACCCAUUCUCAUUGAAUGCUCUGUACAAUAUCCGGAUAUGUUUACAACAAUUAAUGGCUGUGAUUGGCAUCCAAAUAUUGUUAUUAAGCAAAUAUUACUCUCUUUGACAAGAUCAAGAUAUAAUUUACCAAAUAUAAAGGAUAUCCAAACAAAGUAUUGUAUUAAUCAAGAUUUUAAUAGAAGUCUAGAUGCAAAAUUUACUAUGAAUGAAAAUUUAUAUUCUUAUAUUUUUGAUAUAUUUACAAAUACUUUGACUCAUUCAUAUCCAUGGAAUAUUGUCUUUAAACUUUACUUUGAUAUUAUGAGUGAAUACAAGAUUUCUUCGCCUUUAUCAUCAGCUCUAAUAGUUGGAAUAUUGUCAAAGUUGAAAUUAUUGUGGUGGAAACAGUUAACUAAUAUAUUAGAUUCUGAAGAAAAGCUGCUCUUAACAUCAGAUAAAUUAGCAGAACAAGUUUCAUUACUUAAAAAAUACUUAGCUCUAUUUUUUGAUUUUUUAUUCAAGUCUAGUAUAACAGAGUACCAUGACUUUGUUGAUUCAAUAGAUUGUGCUCUUAUUGUUUUAAACUUGAUAAAACUUAUUCUUUUACUAAAGAAAAAUCUCAGGGUUGAAGGAACUAAUAAAAGUGCCGUAAUAAUAGAAAUUGUACGUUGCCUUGAAGAUGAAAUCAAGAUAUCUAAGAAACUGGAUUUAACUGUAAAAUAUUUGAAUAUUUUGGAACAAAAAUUAGAUUCAGAUGAAGUUUCCCCUUAUUCUAGUAGAAAUUCACAAUUAAAUCAAGUAUCUAUUAUAUUAUUUCUUGUAAAUGACAUUGAGAAGUUAAUGAAUCUAUAA